UGGAAGAAGUUGCAUCUACAUGCCAACAAGCACCGGUGGGCAAACACCUCCUGCCGUUCUUGACCGACCACAAAGCAAACAUCACUGUGGGAGAGAGGGGCAGAGAACCAGGAAGAGGAGGCCAGAGUCUCUGUGCAACUCUAGGCUUGGCCUUUGUCCAACUCCGUUUCCUUAUCUGCCCUGUAAAAGAGACAGUCCCUCCAGCCGAAGGUCUGGGUCACACAGUCUCGGUUCUAAUUCCAGCUCCACCUUGUGGUGCCUAGGCAAGAGACUUCCUACUCAUUAACUCUCAGCUUUCUCAUCCCUGAAAUGGGAUGCGAAUCCCAAACCCUAGGAGGUGGCUAUGUUUGAUCCAUUGCUCACUGCAGGGGCACCAGGGCUGAUACAAAGUUGAUCCCAAUACCCCUCUCCUCCCCAGCCUGUGUCUUGGGGGAAGGGAAACUCUUUUUGGCUUCUCCUCCACAGACUGCAAACUCAGCUUUUUCAGCCUCCUCCAGACUCAGCUUUUUCAGCCUCCUCCAGACAGGAGAGGGUAGGGUUGGGGGUGCAGAGUGCACCGGCUGCAAAUAGGCACAUCAGUGAGGCACCAUCACGAGGCCGGACCACAUUUUCCAUCUUCACGAUCACUUCCGGCCCCAGCCUCUAGGCCUCUGAACAGCAUAGCGGGUAGGAGGCAGGGGAUGAAGCUUGAGCUUCCUGGAGCCUCCCAGUGUCAGGUCCAAGGCCUGGGGGUUCCCACUGCUCAGACCAGACUGCGAUGCCCGAAGAAGUAGGGUUAUAGGAGUCACCGACCCGUAGGGAGGGGCCCAGCUCUGAGGCAGUGGGAACAGAAAGCUGAAUUCUAGUUCUCCUGACCAGUGCUGACCCCGUACUCUAUCCCUUGGUUUCAGACACCACAGCAUCCUGGGCAGGCAGUGAGCCCCAGACAGCACCCUUGAACUACUUCCUGUCUGCAACUCUGGCUCAGUCUCUUGAGCUUUGUUCCUCUUCCCUUAACACUCUAAGCACCUAGGAAUCCACGCAGCCCCGGACUAUUUGAUUCACCUGUCCCCAAAAAAACAGGUAAGAAGGGAUUAGGGGGUAAAAACUCUUAUCAUUAAGUAAGAGACGGGAUGGUGUACAGAGACGGCCAGUGAGGGCCAUCCCGUCCAAGCGUGGGUCUUCCAGCCGGCAGGUCCAUGGCUGGCAGGCCUGUGCCCUCCGGACACCAGGAGGAGGAGACUGCCAAAGACCAUGGGCUGAAACAAUCACCAGCGCGGCCUCCAGGCCGUCUGCCCAGCAUCGAUGAGACCCAACCAGACGGCCCGGGCCCGGCCUCCCGCCGUGGCUCCGUGCUAGGUCCGGCCUCGUCCUUUUCGCGCCGCAACUCGCUGGCCGGGCCAGGCGCAGGUCUUGGGGGUUGGCGCCCAUCCCUGGGCCCCUUGCCCACUCUGGUCUCGCGGGUCAGCUUCUCUGGCUUAACCCUGGCGGCCGCCCGCUGGGCAGCGCCCUCGUACCGCACGGAGUCGGCGCCACGGGAGCGCUGGGAGGCCGCGCGCGCACAGCGGAUCCUGGAAGCGGCGUUGGAGGAAGAAUUGAGCGACGCGUGCUACUCCAGCGCCGAGGCCGGGCGGCUGGCGCCGGAAAUGUGUGAGCUGGUGCGCAUGCGUAUGCGCGAGCUCAGCCCGCUGCGCUACAAGCUGGUGUGCAGCGUGGUGCUGGGGCUGCGCGCCGGCCAGGGCGUGCGCGUGGUCAGCCGCGCGCUCUGGGACGCGGCGCGCGACGGGCUGGCCACCGCUGCGGUCACCAACGCCUCCCUCUUCGCCUUGGCCACGGUCCACAGGCUCUACUGCGAGUGAGGACUC